CAGGCACCGCGGAGUGUCCCGGGAUGGCGGUGGGCUGGCACGGUCGUUCGCGCUCCGAGGUCAACAAGCGCUUGGAUUUUUCUGCUUCCGCGCGCCCGGGACAGCCCCGGCCCCGGAGACGUCGAACGUCGGACUCCAGGGGUUCGAGCCCUGACCCCGCCGCGUCCUCCAGGCGCGCAGGACGAGAAGUUAAACUUCUAGAGAAACAUAACAGACAAUCUGCACAACAGGUGGUAACAGAAAGCAAUCCAGAUGGGGUGCAGGUGCUGUAAAAUAAUACAAAGCUAUCUCUUUGAUCCAGUUCAAGUGCCCUCUCCUGGCUAUGUCAAUGAAGUCAACAGCUGCAAGCUGGAUGAAGAUGACACUGUUAAAUUAAAAGGCAAAUGGGGCGGUGAAGUCCUGGCACAGAAAAAUGACCCUCAGAGACAGGGCUCAAAGAAGACUGAUAGCAGCAGCAGGACAGCUGAUCUACGGGAGCCCUGCUGGCCUCACCAAGGUCCGCUCCCACAGGGGGACGCUGGAGGGGACCACCAUGCCUGCGGUGUCAAUGGCGUUGGCCCUGCUGCCACCCCACAGCCCACUGGGAAUCCCAGUCCCUCCCAGGAUGACAGGGGCUCCUGGGCCAGCACUACAAAUACUAUUCCCCCAACUCAACCCUUCCCGGAAGGAGGGGGCACUCAGAAACAGGACUGUGUGUUGCUGGCCUCAGAAGAGACCCAGGUCAUGACAAACAGAGGCUCCAGAGCUCCUUCUGAUGUGGAAAGUUGUGCCUUGGACGUACAAGAAGAGCGUGUCUUCCAGAUACCAGCCCCAGAUUACCCUCAGCAUUGGGGCCCAGCUGGAGGCAACGUUGAUCAUAGUGAAAAGGACUGUGUUUCCAAGAACCAUACUGAGGAGGAGUCCCUAGAGGGAAUUCAGCCCACAGUAGGGGAGCAUGGUUUGAGUACACCCUUCUCUGUGAGGAGAAGCUGGAACUCAUUGAAUAAGGAUGUGGAAACAGAAGUUCUAAACAUCUGCUUUAGUGUGGAGGGUCCCGCUCAUGUCAUACCUGUGGUUGACUCGGGAAAUAGGCAGGAGGAUGCGCAUGGCUCCAACGGAGAUGGGGACAGGGAGAUUGUGGACGUGGAUGCAGCGGUGGCAGAGGCCCUGGCGGCUUUAGAAGCUGCUACCGCAGGAGAAGAUUUGGAUGAGGCUGAUUAGGGAAGGGGAUUUGCGCAGGCGGGUAAGCAGUGUCAUGCUGAGCAUGUGGAUGCAUUUGCUCCCCAGAGGCAGAGCAGGUGAUCACGCCAGCAUCCGCCAGUGCAGCCUUACCAGUUGUUUACAUCCGGCAUCUGUUCUGAUUGCCAGCCUCUGACCCACACUGCUUGUCACGUAUCUGGAGGUUCACUCUGUGUAGGUGAGCUGUGGGUCACUGUGCCCAUAUCCACAGAAAAUGCAGAAAUGGAACAGCCUGCUUGACAACCCUCAAACGUCUCUGAGCACCUGGUACAGAUGUUUAUGAGAAUACGCUAAGAUCUCAACCUUUGAUCCCACACAAUCACAGAGCAUUCCUUUUGAUUGUAAAUUGUUUCCUUGUUUUUGAGAGCCAAACAUUGUACCCAACCCGGAAAAGGUAACUACCCCACUUAAAGUGCCUCCUGUGUCCCCAGAGCAUGGCUUAACUAGAGGGACAAUCACCAGGGAACUAAUAACUAACCAGUUGUUCAACAGUGGGUUAAGCUCAGCAGUUUUCACAGUAGAGCAGAAAUCCCCCGGAAACCAAGGGUUAGUCAUUAGCUGAGAUGUGAUUUUAAAACACCUUGACCUUAACUUUUUUACAUUAUUUCUUUUAAAUCUCCUUUGGGAUUGGGGAGGCUGGCCAAAAGAAGUCUUAAAACUGCUUGUCUUAUAUUUGGAUUUUAAGUUCAUGACUUUCAGAACAGCAAAGCCAUAUAUGGAAUGUUUUUAUGCCAUUCAAUGUCUGAUUCUAAUUAAAAUGUAACAAC